AGGUCACACAAUACGUCGUGGAUGAUAGUCGCACGGAUGCGCCGCAAGUAAAGACAACCACCCUCUGCCUUCCCUCUUUGCUUACCAUAAUCCUCAUGUGCUUUUUUUUUUUUUUUUUUAUAAUAAUGUUCCCCAUGCUCCCAUCCCUCCUGUCUUUUAUAUAAUAAUCCCAACGCGCCUCAUCACCUCUAUCCAUCCGUUUCGCUGAUUCAUAACACUGAAGGAAAUAGAACAAGAUAAGAAAACACACACACACACACACACACACACACACACACACACACUCUCUGUCUCUCUCUCUUGGAAUUGUUUCAGAAUGGCUGGUGGUAACAACGAGGAAGAGAAGGCGGUGAUGCUGUUUGAUGUAGAAGAAGGGAGUUCAAUGAUGAAGGAACUUAGAGGAAGCUUUGGUUCUGGUAAAACUAGAAGUUAUGAAUGGAGAGUUACUCAGAUAAAAAGUCUUGUUAAGUUAUGCGAUUUUCACGAGAAAGAAAUCGUUGAUGCUCUUCGUCUCGAUCUUUCUAAACCUGAACUUGAAUCUACUGUCUAUGAGAUAGGGAUGCUUAAAAACUCAUGCAGAGUGGCACUUAAGGAACUGAAACAUUGGAUGAGACCAGAAAAGGCAAAGACCUCAAUAGCCACUUUUCCUUCAGCAGCUGAAAUAGUGCCAGAACCAUUUGGCGUUGUAUUGAUAAUUUCCGCGUGGAACUAUCCUUUUUUGCUGUCGCUGGAUCCACUUAUUGGAGCUAUUGCAGCUGGUAAUGCUGUGGUCUUAAAACCAUCAGAAAUUGCUCCAGCUACAUCCUCAUUACUUGCAAAACUAGUUACAGCAUAUUUGGAUAGCUCUUGCAUAAGGGUUAUUGAGGGAGCUGUUGCUGAAACAUCUGCUCUGCUGGAGCAGAAGUGGGACAAGAUAUUUUACACAGGCAAUGGAAGAGUGGGCCGUAUUGUGAUGGCAGCUGCUGCAAAACACCUGACACCAGUGGUUUUAGAGCUUGGAGGGAAAUCUCCUGUUGUAAUUGAUUCAGGAAUCAAUUUACUGGUGGCAACUAGGCGAAUAAUUGCAGGCAAGUGGGGUUGUAACAACGGGCAAGCAUGCAUUUCUCCUGAUUACAUCAUAACAACGAAAGAUUAUGCUCCAAAGCUGGUGGACGCCUUAAAACAAGAACUGGAGAGAUUUUAUGGAGAGAAUCCAUUGGUAUCAAAAGACUUGUCCCGAAUUGUGAAUUCCAACCAUUUUUCUCGUUUGAUUAAACUACUUGAUGAGGAUAAGGUUUCUGGUAAGAUUGUCCACGGAGGUGAAAGAGAUGAAGCAAACCUGAAAAUUGCUCCCACUAUCUUGAUGGAUGUUCCUCAGGACUCUCUGAUAAUGAAUGAAGAGAUAUUUGGUCCCUUGCUUCCCAUUGUCAUGGUCAACAAAAUUGAAGAGAGUUUUGAUUUGAUAAACUCAAGAACGAAACCACUUGCAGCUUAUUUAUUCACAAAUAAGAAGAAACUCAAGCAGCAGUUUGUGACUUGCGUCUCUGCCGGGGGCUUGGUCGUCAAUGACACUACUGUGCAUCUCGCAGUACAUACUUUACCAUUUGGAGGUGUUGGGGAGAGUGGAACGGGUGCAUACCAUGGCAAAUUCUCAUUCGAUGCUUUUAGCCAUAAGAAGGCCGUUUUAUAUCGAAGCUUUACUGGUGAUGCAGCUAUCAGGUAUCCACCAUAUACUAAGGGGAAGCUGCGCUUGAUGAAAGCUCUGAUUGGCGGUGGCAUUUGGAGCAUAAUUAGUGCUCUUUUUGGUUGGGGUAAGGUUUGAACAGAGAAUCUGGGAGUUUGUGAUGUAAGUUUCAAGGCACUCAAUGUAUGUAAAUUAUUGAUUGUUCUUGUAUAUUUUAAAUCGGAACCAGAUUUACUGGUCGCAAUCAUAAAAGCAUAAAUAAUUCAACUUAUAUUUUACCUUUUGCUGAGUGACAUUUUUGCUCAGAAAUGUGAGAUCAUUUAGACCCGUUGUGGGUGUGUA